CAAAAAAGCCAUAGUGUUAUUUAAAAAACCAACAUAUCUAUAACCAUUAUUAUUAUACAAUAACAACGUUUUAAUUGUUGUCAUAUAUUAUAAAUAGUAUGCAGAAUUACAAACAAGAAGAUGGGAAGGUCUCGUCGUCGUGCAGAGGAAGAGGUAGGGUUACGCAGAGGGAGAUGGAGUUCUAAAGAAGACAGAUUGCUCAGCGAUUACGUUCGAACUCACGGUGAAGGCCGCUGGAAAUCAUUGCCCAAGAAAGCUGGGUUGCUUCGGUGUGGGAAAAGUUGCAGACUGAGAUGGUUGAACUAUCUUAGACCGGACAUAAAGAGAGGGAACAUAACUCCGGAGGAAGAAGACAUUAUCGUAAGACUUCACAAGCUUAUAGGGAACAGGUGGUCCUUGAUCGCCGGAAGACUUCCCGGUCGGACCGACAACGAGGUCAAGAACUAUUGGAACACACACCUCAGUAAACGACUUCAAAAACACGUCACCCGUCCCAUCAAACGGAGAAGCAGCAGCAAAAACUCGGCGGCAGUCUAUGCCCCCAAGCCCUUGAGGGUUACAAAUCAUCAGCAACCCAUGAACACGAUGGCAUUGGCCGAGGCCACGGAGUUUGUAGAGAAAUUAUGUGAUAAUGACAUAGAUGUCUUCGAUUCAGACGCAGCCAUGUGUAUUGAUGGAUCGUUACAGACACUUUACGAAGAGUACACCCGGCUGCUUAUGCCCCAUUCCACCAUGAUGAUGCAAUAUUCGAGUACUAACGUCGGUUUGCAUGCAUAAGUGCAUAUUCAUUAGGAUUAUUAUUCAUUCCUUGUAUCAUUUUUAUAUUUUUUUCCCUUUUUUAUUCGUUCA